UGGUUAGGCCUUUGCAGUGGGGAGUUGUUUGGCGGACCCCGCAAGUUUUUCUAUACUUUACAUGUUAUUUUUGUUUGUCUAAGGGAGGGCAAAUACUCAGAUUUUGCCACCAUUUGCCUCGUUAUUCACUUGGUUUGUCGACGGACCAUAAAAAUUAAGAGUUUUGGGCGUGGUACCGGGCCAAAGUAGGAAGUAAGGUAGAUAGGAAGGACGAUAUCGUUGAGUCGGACUGUCCACGGCUGAGCUUAUGAUGCCGACGUUGCGGGACAGCACCAUGUCCCACCCCGGCGAGAAUUCCCACCAAGUCCGGGUGAAAGCUUACUACAAAGGGGACAUCAUGAUCACACAUUUUGAACCGUCCAUCUCAUACGAGGGCCUGUAUGGGGAGGUGAGGGACAUGUGCUCCAUGGACAAUGACCAGCUCUUCACCAUGAAGUGGAUUGAUGAGGAAGGUGACCCCUGCACUGUAUCGUCACAGCUGGAGCUAGAGGAAGCCCUGCGUCUCUACGAACUCAACAAAGACUCAGAGCUCAUUAUCCAUGUGUUCCCCUGUGUACCAGAGAAACCUGGCAUGCCUUGUGCAGGAGAAGAUAAAUCGAUAUAUCGCCGUGGAGCCCGUCGCUGGAGAAAGCUUUACUAUGCCAGUGGUCACGCCUUUCAGGCAAAACGCUUCAACAGGCGAGCCCACUGUGCCAUCUGUACAGACCGAAUCUGGGGUCUGGGAAGACAAGGCUACAAAUGCAUCAACUGCAAGCUGCUGGUGCACAAGAAGUGCCACAAACUAGCGACAAUGGAGUGCGGCAGACCGAUGAUCCAUGAACCAAUGAUGCCCAACCCACAGUCAGGGCAGCUAGACUUAACUGAACAGCCAGGCCCUCAGAAUAAAGACUCCAGAGAAAGCUUGACUUAUGAUGGAGAAGAAAAAGAGGCAAAGAGCAGCAGAGACACGGGGAAAUCAACCUCUAGUCUGGGCCUGGCUGACUUUGACCUGCUGAGGGUGAUUGGCAGAGGCAGCUACGCCAAGGUGCUGCUGGUGCAGCUGAAAAAGACGGAGCGCAUCUAUGCCAUGAAGGUCGUCAAGAAGGAGCUGGUCAAUGACGACGAGGACAUUGACUGGGUCCAAACAGAAAAGCAUGUUUUUGAGCAGGCCUCUAAUCAUCCCUUCCUGGUUGGCCUUCACUCCUGUUUCCAGACAGAAAGCAGACUCUUCUUUGUCAUUGAAUAUGUAAAUGGUGGGGAUCUCAUGUUCCACAUGCAGAGACAAAGGAAACUCCCAGAAGAACACGCCAGAUUCUACUCAGCAGAAAUCAGUCUGGCUCUCAACUACCUCCACGAGCGGGGAAUCAUCUACAGAGACCUGAAACUGGACAACGUGCUGCUGGAUUCAGAGGGUCACAUCAAACUUACAGACUAUGGCAUGUGCAAGGAGGGCUUGAGACCUGGCGAUACAACGAGCACUUUCUGCGGUACCCCCAAUUACAUCGCCCCUGAAAUACUCCGAGGAGAGGAUUACGGGUUCAGCGUGGACUGGUGGGCACUAGGCGUGCUCAUGUUUGAGAUGAUGGCAGGCCGGUCACCCUUCGACAUCGUCGGGAGCUCUGACAACCCAGACCAGAAUACCGAAGACUACCUCUUCCAAGUAAUAUUGGAAAAACAGAUCAGAAUCCCGCGGUCCUUGUCAGUCAAAGCUGCCAGCGUCCUCAAAGGAUUUCUCAACAAGGAUCCUAAGGAGCGCCUUGGCUGCCACCCUCAGACGGGCUUUGCUGACAUCAUGGGCCACCCGUUCUUCCGAAAUGUCGACUGGGACCUUCUGGAGCAGAAGCAGGUGGUGCCUCCGUUCAAGCCCAACAUCUCAGGGGAAUAUGGACUGGACAACUUCGACGCCCAGUUCACCAACGAGCCCAUCCAGCUCACACCUGAUGACGAGGACGUUGUCAAGAAGAUCGACCAGUCUGAGUUUGAAGGCUUCGAGUACAUCAACCCUCUGCUCAUGUCAGCAGAGGAGUGUGUGUGAGGGGUGUCUGUGCUCAUGCACAUCACACGCGUGCGCGCACACACAAACAUGCACGCACGCAUUCAUGCACGUGUUUACGUGGCGUCUCAGUGUCUUCGAGCUGCAUGGUUACGAGACAACCCAACAACAUCCACCUUCUGUUCGAGGGCCGCACACAUGCACAGUAGAACGCUUAUUUGCCAAAACAAAUCUCACACUCUGCCAUUUAUAACCACUUGUCCUUAAGCCUACCUUCUUUCUUAAUUAUUUUUAUAUCAUGUAAAUCUGCACUGAUAUCCAAUAUCUUGUCGGGGCCUCUCUAUUGGUGGCCAAAGUGGCUGCAAAGUUCUUCCAGUGUCGCUGUAUGUGGGGGUGGGAGGGAAGAGGCACAGCCCCUGACGAAUGAACUGAACUUCAUCUCCUUCCAGCUGGUGGGGUUUUUUCAAUGCAUAUUUUAUUUGUACAUAUAUGAAAAUACUAUUGAGAGUAAACAUUAGACAAGGCCUUUUUAGCUUGAAGCCAGUCAGACGGCAUUUUGGAAUUAGCUUUGUCGCGACGCCUCCUCUGUAGAGAGAAUCAUAACACUAGCCUUUAAAAAAAAAAAAAAAAAAAAAAAA